GCAGUACAGUCCUUGACCAUCACCCGUCCCGACGACUGGCACCUUCACGUCCGGGAUGGCCAACCCAUGGCGGACGUGGUGCCCCACACCGCCCUGCACUUCGGGCGGGCCAUCGUUAUGCCCAAUCUGGUGCCCCCCAUCAACACCACUCAGGCGGCCCAGGACUACAAGUCCCGUAUCCUGGCUGCCGUACCCGCGGGGUCCACCUUUCAGCCGCUCAUGACGCUGUACCUCACGGACAGAACCUCCCCGGCGGAGGUCAUCAGCGGGCGCCACCACCAAUUCGGAUUCCGGGGUCACCGAUUUGAACAAGCCCAUGGCCGCACUCAAGGCCAUGGCUGAAGCGGGCGUGUUGCUGCUGGUCCACGGGGAGGUCACCGACCCAGAGGUCGACAUGUUUGACCGGGAGGCCGUGUUCAUUCAGCGAAAAUUGUUACCGUUGUUGGACCAGGUGCCCGACCUGAAGGUAGUUAUGGAGCACAUCACGACGAAGGAUGCGGCUGAGUUCGUGUCUUCCGCCCCUGCCAACGUGGCUGCCACCAUCACCCCCCAGCACAUGCUGCUCAACCGCAAUGCGCUGUUCGCUAAGGGGUUGCGGCCUCACAACUACUGCCUGCCCAUUCUUAAGCGGGAGAAACACCGGGAGGCGGUGAUGGCAGCCGCCACGAGCGGGAGCCCCAAGUUCUUUCUGGGCACGGACAGCGCACCGCAUGCCAAACACGCCAAGUGUUGCCCCGCAGGUAACCAGGAUUGA